AUGCUCGCCGCCUCAAACCCUGCUCUGCCAGCCGUCGGGAGCCUGCACGUCGGCGUGGUCGAGUCGGUCGUGACCUAUGGUGCGUUCUGCUCCCUCGAGGGCCAGCCAGGCCGGGACGGCCUCCUCCACGUGUCGCAUAUUGACCCGUCGGGCGGCCGGGUCGAGGUGGCGGAAGACGCCCUUGCCGUCGGCGAUCGUGUGCGUGUGCGCGUGACUAGCGUCACGGACGGCAAGAUCUCGCUCAGCUGUCGAGGCGUGCAGCAGGGUGGAGACGCUCCGGCCGCGUGGCGGCUGUGGACGCCGUCGCAUGUGCUUGGCUCGCCUCCCACCGCUCGUGCGCUCGAGGGGCUGGAGUGCGUAACCCUCUCGUACAGUCGCUCCUCUGGCGCCGGCGGGCAGGCGGUCAACAAGCUGAGCACAAAGUGCGAGGCGCGGCUCUGUGUGGCGCAUAGCCCGUGGCCGGACGCGGUCAAGGCGCGGCUGCUGCAGCUCGGCGGCGCGACGCGCGGCGGAGAGCUCCUCGCCGUCUCGGACCGCCACCGCACGCAGGCCGCCAACCGGAAGGAGCGACUCUCGAGAGAAGUGGCGCCGUCGCCUCGGAGGCCCGCUCUGCUCAUAGCCUCCUCUCACUCCAAGGAUGCGCUCGAGAAGCUGGCGGCCCUCGUCGCCGACGCGUGGAGGCCGCCAAAA